AUGACAUGGCAGCCAUAUGAGACACAUUGUAUUAUUGGCAGAAACAGCAUAGCUAUCGCCAUCGGCGGUCAGGCCAUUGGCGGUAACGGUGGUAAGGGCGGUAAUGGUGGUAUGAAUGCGGCCCAAGAAGAAUGUGAUGCCAAGAAGCUUUCUGGCUCUUUUACUAGCUGUUAA